AUCAUUUAUCAUUAUCUGCUUAUGCCCUCAGGAAUUAUUUUCUCCAAUGGCCUCACCUGGAAACAGCAGCGACGCAUUGGUGUCACUUCUCUGCGGAAACUCGGCCUGGGGAAGAAAAGCAUUGAGCAUCAAAUAGAAGACGCAGCUCAGGUGUUGGUGGAGAUCUUUAGACAAACAAAAGGGCAACCAUUUGACCCUUCAUUUUCAGUACUAAAUGUGGUUUCUAACGUCAUAUGUGCUUUGAGUUUCGGACAUCAGUUUUCUGCAGAAGAUGAAGAGUUCCAGAAGCUGGUUCAAGCUCUUAAAAUUAUUUUGAAAUUCGUUGGUCACUUUUUUCAUGUGGUGUAUGAUUUGUUCCCACAGUUAAUGAAGUACCUCCCAGGCCCUCACAAGAAAGCCCUGGCUUCUCUGGAUAUUAUCCUAGCGUUUGCAAAGCAGGAAAUAGAGAAACACAAGGAAUCUCACUCUCUGCAUGAGCCACAAGAUUUCAUUGAUUACUAUCUUCUUCAGAUGCAGAAGGUAUGGAUUUAUUGUGGUUCUAUACAUGGGCAAAGAAUUAUUAGUUUUUUUAGAAAACAUGAAGCGUCUGUUUUCAUUAUUAUUAUUUUUCCAGAGAAAGUCCAGAAAGAGAUUGAAGAUGUGUUUGGUUCCUCGGGGUCAAUUUCCUACCAGGAUCGGAAGAAGCUACCCUACACCAAUGCCAUGAUUCAUGAAAUGCAGCGUGUAAAAUAUGCCUUGUUCUAUGGGAUUCCCAGGCAAAGCAAAAACUAUGUGACAAUAAGGGGAUAUCACAUUCCAAAGGGGACCUUUAUCAUCCCAGACCUGCAUUCUGUUCUUCUUGAUCCUGAACAAUGGGAGAUACCUGAAAAAUUCAAUCCAAAUAAUUUUUUAGAUAAGGAUGGGAAAUUCAUUGACCGAGAAGAGUUUCUGCUCUUCGGAUUAGGUAAACGUUCAUGUGUGGGAGAGCAGCUGGCAAGAAUUGAGAUCUUCAUCUUUCUGACCAGCCUGUUGAGGGCCUUCAACUUCCGGUUGCCUGAAGGAGUAAAAGAACUCAAUGAAGCCCCUGUUGUAAAGCUGAUAAUGCACCCAAACCCUUACAAACUGUGUGCAAUUCCCACACAGGUUUAAUCUUUAAUAAACAGCACAAAAAGCAUAAAACUGUUUCCUAUAGGCCUGUUCUCUUAAUUGAACUUUUGCUUUCAUUUAUUGUACUUUAAAACCUUUUCAGCCUAGUGCUGGAUUCACAAACAUACUUCACCAGUUCAACCAGUGGUGUGUGAACAAUAUGCUAAGUAAAUUUGUUACAUUUUACCUUAGUUUUCUUUUGCCAAUAAACCUAUUGC